AAAAAUAAUUGGGGCAAAUGCAUAAAAAACAAUUUGGCCUGAUUCACAGUGGAUGGCAAAUAAUCAAAAAAAUCGCAUGAGCAAUGAUAAAAAUGUAAUUAAUGUGCAUCCGCCUUUUUAAUAAGCUGAUACAAUAGUACUGGCUAUACAAAAUUCUUGAUUUUUUCAAAUAUAGAAUACGACAAAGAAAAGAAGACAAUAAAAAUGUGGAUUGACGCAGAAUUUUUCUAGGCCCGUUCAGAAUAGACGUAUUUUUGUAUAAAAUUUUUAUGAAAUUUAUAAAUUUUCGUGUUAAUGUAGCUUAAAUACAACUUUCUUUUGAAUAAUAUUAUAUAAUAUAAAAAAAAACACCUCCUUGUUUAAGUCAAUUUUCUUAUAUUUUCUAUGAAAAAUAUCAAAAUGUGCUCACCUUGUGGACCUAUGGUAUGCUACAAAUACGAAGACUGUGGUCCUCCGAAAGCCAAACCAACUGAUGGAGGUACAAGGGCGGAGGAGGUUGGGGUAGAAAAAGAGGACGAUAAAGAAAACCAAUUAAAGAGAACCAAGAGUCGAGAGUUGCGUGGCGGAAUAAUGUACUAUAGUUGUCAUUGCAUCAAACGAAAUGGUUUGCAGCAUGACUGUCGUCGCACAGGGUGCGGUGGCGAGCCGGCAUGUUUGACAAUGCCAGAUCCUGUAUGUGCACCGAGUCAGCUCGCACGUGCCCGCGGUCUUGCAGACCCUGCCCCGCUUGCUGCUCACAUGCACGCACAAGGUGGGGGUGGCACGGCUGGUGCUGCUGAAGCGGGUUCUAGCGGCGGGAAAAGGUUCAUUGUCUGUGAGCUGAAAGGCGUCGUCCCGGAUGUGUCUGUUGAUAAAUCAGGAAAAUGUUGUUGCCGCGCACCGAAUGAAGGCGGUGCCUCGACGAGUGAUAACCCUGCAGCGGGACUACCAGUAUUGGUUAUGAAGCUCUGCUAAGGUGUAACUCUUUAUAUAAAAAAAACCCUAAGAAAAAGUGUAAAACAUCUAAUAACACGGCAAUAAAUAGUUUUUGUUUUAA